GGGCCUCAGGACGUGCGCGGAGACUGGCUAACGAAGCCUACAGGCGAGCGGGGAGGAGUUGUUGGGAGAGCGGAAGGUUUGAAUGGUCAACCGCUUGGCUGUUGGUAUUGCACGACUGUUGUGGCGAGAAGCAAAAUUGUAGUCUUGUUAACUGCCUCUUUUCCUCAGAUUUUCAUUUCAUUUGGUGUGUCCAGUCCCUCCCCACUUUCCUUUCUUCUGAAGGCUAAUCUAACUCCAAACUUACCAGGUUUUGUUUUUUCUUGGUGAGGAAUCAGAGACCAUGUCUACAGAACUCUUUUCACCCACAAGAGAGGGAAGCCCUGGCUCAGGACCCAGUUUUAGGUCCAAUCAGAGGAAGAUGUUACACCUGCUCCUGGAACGAAACGCUUCUUUUACCAUCUGUCGAGAUUUCCCUAAAUCUCCAGUGGACAGAUUCCUUGGGGAUUCUGCAAACCUAAGCCUUUUGUCUGGAGGAACCCCAAAACAUUGCCUUGAUCUUUCAAAUCUUAGCAGUGGGGAGAUGAGUGCAACUCAGUUUACCACUUCUGCAGAUCUUGAUGAAACAGGUCACUUGAAUUCUUCAGGUUCUCAGGAAGGACAGUUAGCUGAGAUAAAUCAUCUCCAGCCCCUUAGGAAAGGCAGCUCAGCACAGCUUCUCUGUAGCACUCCGAAUGCUUUGGACCAUGGCCACAGAAAGAAAGAUGUAAUGUAUAGCUUAUCUGCAAACAAAGAAGACAGUGGAAACUUGAUGGAAAGAGAAAUGAAUUAUCUAGGCAGUCCCAUUUCUACAAUUCCAAAAUUGGAUAAAAACCCAAAUCUAGGAGAAGACCAGGCAGAAGAGAUUUCAGAUGAAUUGGUAGAGUUUUCCCUGGAAGAUCAAGAAGUCACCAAGCAUUUAGGUCUAAAGAAGACAGUGUCUCUCUCUGACAUCAAUAUUUCUCAGAUGUUAAAGAAAGAUUCAAAUGCAGGGCAUCUUAUUGGUGAUUUCUCCAAGGUAUGUGCACUGCCAACCGUACCAGGGAGACACCAAGAUCUGAAGUACGUCAACCCAGAAACAGUGGCUGCCUUACUGUCUGGAGAGUUCCAGGAUCUGAUUGAGAAGUUUUAUAUCAUUGAUUGCCGCUACCCAUAUGAGUACCUAGGAGGACACAUCCAGGGAGCCUUAAACUUGUAUAGUCAGAAAGAAUUAUAUGACUUUUUUCUGAAGAGGCCCAUUAUUCCCUUGGACAUCCAAAAAAGAAUAAUCAUCGUGUUCCACUGUGAAUUCUCCUCCAAGAGGGGCCCCCGAAUGUGCCGCUCUCUGAGAGAAGAGGACAGGGCUCUCAACCAGUACCCUGCCUUGUACUACCCAGAGCUGUAUAUCCUCCAAGGGGGCUACAGAGACUUCUUCCUGGAAUAUAAGGAGCUGUGUGAACCUCGGAGCUACUGCCCUAUGCAUCACCAGGACCACCAGGCUGAGCUGCUGAGGUGUCAAAGCCAGAGCAAAGCACAGGAGGAGGAGCAGCAGCUGCGGGAGCAGAUUACCCUCCUGAUGAAGGACAUGGUCUUGCUGUAGUGGGACUGGCCACUGGCAGCCAGGGGGUCACCAAUAGACACCAUAGAGAUGCUGAGCAGAAAGAGGCCAUCUUCUAUACACCUGAACCCAAGAUUGUUUUUUUUUUUUGGUACUGGGGAUCGAACUCAGGUCCUUGCGCUUGCACAGCAGGCAGCGAAACCACUGAGCUAAAUCCCCAUCCCCACAAGAUUGUUUUUUAAAAGAUGUCUGCAAACCAGCUGGGUGUGGUGGCUCAUUUCUGUAACCUCAGCACUUGUGAGGCUGAGGCAGGAAAAUUACUACAAAUUAGAGGCCAACCUGGGCUACAUAGCAAGACCCUGUCUCAGAAAAACCGAGAAGAAUCUCUGUAAACCAACGGGCUACUACACUAAUGAAAUCCUGGGACUUGGGAUUGGUUAGGUUAUAGUAGAGGUACCAACUGGUGGCCAGUGAGGGAUACUUUUAGGCGAGCCAUACCCCAGCUCUAGAAGGCUGUCACCUUGACUUACAUAGAGAGUUGUGUUGCUUCAGGGAGCUUUUAAAUUGCUCCUCUCAAUUUCUUGUGUCUUUUCACAAGCUAGACAGGUCUUUCUCUCUCUGGGCUUCUGAUUGUGAGAAAGAGUUGCCCAGGUUCUUUCCGUUUUCCAUUUUAUGGGAAAGUAACCGUUACAGAAUAAGGAGUACAAUUGCCCGCCCAGUUUCCUCCUAGAAGACCUGUAUUUGGUCAUCACCAAACCAGACUCCUUUCAGGGGCUGCGGGUAGAGCUCAGUGUAGAGCACUUGCCCCAACAUUCAUGAGUUCCUGGGGUCCAUCCCCAGCACCACCGCCCCAAGAGUCCAGGACUUGGGAAGGAUGAAGCACUCUGAAACCCAGAAUAGAAGAGGCAAAAAUAACCUCUUCCCAGGUUCUAGAGCAGAAACUUCUUAAAAGUGAGUGGGCAGGAAGGAGGGCUGUAGCCACAGGGCAGCUGACACCCACGCUUUGAGGAACACGACACCUGGUCUGCUGGUCUCCCUUUGCAAGGUUCUCUUGUGGUCUUGCCCUGGAGUGCUGUGCUCAGGCCUCACAGCAGAGGGCGCUGUUGUCUUCUGUAAGAUUACCAGCUGGCACGAGCACCCUCACUCCUAGCUGCUGCCUCCCUGGUCAGCUCCCUAAUCAGCAGAGCUAGGAGCUCAGCUGGCGGGCGGGGGAGCUGCGGCUACUUUAGGCGGAGCACGCUGAAGGGGAAAAGCUCCGCUCCAGUAGCACGUGUCCGCUUUCCGCCCAAGCAGGAAUUAGGGGUAGCCUGGAAGAAACCACAAGGACGAGUCCCAGACCCACUGCCUUCUCUGGCGGGUCAUAAUUCUCCCCAGAAAGGUGGAAUCUAGACCUGACCUAGUAGGAGAUUGUAUCCAGGUGCUCACAUUUCAGAUAUCUUAAGUGAAAGCUCUGAGUUGUAAAACAAAGAGCAGGCUUAUUCACUUUAUGAAAAGCUGUAUUUGCCUAAAAGGCAACAUUUUCCCAUGUUAUUUCAUGUAAUCUUUUUUUUUUUUUUAAGGGGGCCCCAGGGGUUGAAUCCAAGGCUUCCCAUUAUACUAAGCCAACACUAUCACUAAGCUGCAUCCCCAGCCCUCCCAUGUGAUAUUUUAUGAUAUUGUCUCACUGUAUAAGAACUGUGUGAUUUAUGUUAUUUUCAGGAAUAAUAUAGUAACUAGUACUUCUCGGGUAUUUACUGCAUAUAAGACUUUCUAAACUAAUAUAUUAAUUUUCAUAAACACCUCGUAUUGCAGAUAUUUAUUAUGUACAUUUCUUUAUGAAGGUAAUGAAAUUGAGGAACAGAGCGUUUAAGUACUUUAAGACUACAUAUCUAGGCAGGCAUUAUGGCCUACAAAGUACAGUGUGCUUGGAGCCAGGCGUAGUGGUAAUCCCAG